ACCCAGAUUCCUACCCCCAUCAUCACCAUUCCACAACCUAUCCCAUUCACUUCCCCCGUAAACCCUGUUCCCAUUUUUCCUUCAAACUUCCCGGGGGCCCUGGAUCCAAUGUACAGCCAGACCAUUCAGAAUUUUGGACAUUUCAUGUCCAUGUUCCAGCAACCGGGAGGGUUUUCACCUUUCAAUCCGGGAUUGUUUUCACAAUCCACGCCUCAAACUAACGUCAUUCGCUCGAUUGUCCCGACGAACUUGAUCGGGGAGAUGGAUAAAGCGGGUCCAUCCCGGUCCAGAAGAAGCCGGUCACGUAGGUCACAGACAAAGGUGACCUCGGACGGGAAUGUGCGUUCAGUCCACAGCAAGGACGAGGAUUGGGAUGUCCCCCAAGCGCUCAAAAAAUUGAAGGGAAAGGAUGUUCAACCGGAAGGAUCUAGGAGGUCGGCCUUUCAAAGGCUGGGACACGAUGGCCGAAAUCAAAACCGGUCAGCAAAGGAACGGCUGGGAGUAGAAACCAUCCCAGCUAGUGCCUUUAAUCGUGCGGGGAGAGGAGCCGGACGACCUGGUCAGACCAGGCGAACGGAACCACCCCCUCGUGAUGAGCCCCAACACAGCAGGACGCCGCGAGAGGAGGAAGCCGAAAGCCACCCCAGGCACCCGACCCGAUCUCAUGUUGAACAACCUCGGGAUCGUGUGGGCCGGGUUGAGGCACGUCUGGAGAAACUACAGCGCCGGGUAGACCGGGAAGAAAAGAAGAAGGUUCUGCUGAACGAAUCUCCGUUCACAGACCGGGUUCAUGAGAUCCCGUUUCCAAAGAAGGCGAAACUUGAAGUCCCUAAGUUCACCGGGAAGGAGGACCCGGAAAUCCACGUCAAAACCCUCCAUCAAAGUGGGCGGAUGAUGGGUCUCUCCGGAGACGAGAAAUGUUUGCUUUUCUUUCAAACCCUCCGCGGCCGCGCCGCCGAGUGGUUUCAUAACUUACCGGCCGGUGAAAUCGAUUCUUUCGAUCAACUGGCCGAGGUGUUUCAAGAAAAGUUCAAAGAAAACUGUACUAAGAGGAAAAAGUUCACCUACUUGAGUACAGCCGGGCAAAGGGAGCACGAGGAUCUGACGAAAUUCCUCACCCGGUGGAAGGAUGAAGUUGACAAGGUAGAGGAGAUGGACGACAAAACGGCAAUGUCUCUCCUUGUGUCCGGGCUCCGGUCCGGAGAACUAUACAAAGAAUUCUGCAGGAGACCUCCCCAGUCCUACCAAGAGGCCUAUAACACGGCCUGGGAUUAUGCUGACGCGGAGGCACAGGUGUCAUCCAAGCGGGAGGCCGAGCAGGGCCAUUCGAAAGGAAAAAUUUCCUUGAAAAAGGAAAUGGACCUUCCCGGUAGGGUGAAGGCGGAAGUCAUGGAGGUAAAGCCAGUCAAAACAGAGAAGAAAUCAACCGCCGAGAAACAGUGGACGGAGAAGUAUUGCUCCUUUCACAAAACUGACUCCCAUAACACUGCAGAGUGUAACAGUGUGAAGGGAGUAAUAAAGCAGAUGAUUGAGGCCGGAGAGAUUGAUCCUGAGUACCUAGCUCAGGCCAAACAAAAGAAGAACCAAUGGGUCAGACCUGAAGGACAGCCGGCUGAGCAGAACAAAAAGAAAAAAGCAGCCGGCAAGGAGCAUUUACAGGUCAUUUAUGGUGGACCGGAAAGGGGAGAUUCUGCUUCCCAAAGGAAAAAGUGGGGAAGAGAACUCUACGUGGGGACGGUAGCCCUCAAUCCUCGGUCAAAACAAGCAAGACGGGAACCGAUCACUUUCACUGACCGGGACCUUCCCGCCACCGGAGAAGAUCACAAUGACCCCCUGGUGAUAACUAUGGACAUGGGUGGAGUCGAUGUCUCCCGGGUACUUGUUGACACAGGCAGCAGUGUUAACGUUUUGUACCUGGAUGCGUUUGAGAAGCUCAAGUUGUGUCGAACACGGCUUGAGCCCUUAAAGACACCCCUGUCUGGGUUUACCGGGGACUCAGUCGAAGCUGAAGGAUCGAUCCUUCUAACUUGUGAGCUGGGUACGGGCGAUCAGGUCGUCCAGAAGCAGAUGAGGUUUGUAGUUGUGAACAUCAAAUGCGUUCACAAUGCUAUUUUGGGCCGGCCUGGAAUAAACAAGGUCCGAGGGGUCAUCUCCAUGGCUCAUCUCUGUAUGAAGUUCUAUACCCCGGGCGGUAUAGGACAAGUGAGAGGAGAUCAAAAGAAGGCCCGGCAUUGCUUUCUGGAGGCCGUAAAGAAAAUGACAAAGGCCUUUGAGAGAGUCACUUUGGUCUCUCAAGAAGAAGACCGGUCAAAGCUGGAACCGGGUGAUGAGACCGAGCAGAUCGUUCUCCGGGAAGCAUUCCCAGAAAGAAUGGUGAAGAUUGGCAGAGAUCUGCCCGGAGGACUUCGAGAUGAAAUCAUCUCGGUCCUUCGAGAAUAUGCAGACAUUUUCGCUUGGAGUGUGGCGGACAUGCCGGGCAUUGAUCGCUCUGUUAUAUGCCAUCGUUUGGCUGUAAUGGAGGGGAGCCGGCCAGUGAAACAAAAGAAGAGGCACUUGGCAAAUGUCCGGAGGGACUUUGUGAAAAAAGAGGCCUUGGCAGACUUUCUCGUUGAACUGACCGGUCUGGAGCCCGAAGCCGGACCUUCCCAUACGGUCGAACCGUGGUGGGAUAUGGCCGUUGAUGGGGCCUCUGGACCGAAGGGAUGCGGGGCCGGUGUAGUCUUCACUACCCCGGAAGGAUUCAAGAUCUACCAUGCCUUGGUCUUCAACUUCAAACUCACCAAUAAUGAGGCGGAGUAUGAAGCUUUGGCCGGUGGUCUCAGAAUAGCCCGGGCGCUUGGAAUAAAAAGGAUGAAGAUCCGUUCCGACUCAAGUCUAGUGGUUGGGCAGGUCAAUGGUGAGAUGGAAGUGAAAGAGGAUCGCCUGGCCCGGUAUAGUGAUCUGGUACGAGCGCUUCUAAGGGAAUUAGAAGAGUUUCGUCUGACUAGAAUAUCCCGGUCGGAAAACGCUGAUGCUGAUAUGCUUUCGAAAUUAACGCAAGCUUGCCCGGAGCAUGUGUCGAAAUUGGCAAAAAUUGAGAUACUAGACGUGCCGAGUACAGACCGGUUUGAGGUUGCGGCCAUCCAACCGGGCCAGACUUCAUCAUCCGGGAUAAUCGAGGCGGAUGAUGAUUGGAGGUACGAGCUCAUGGAGUAUUUGGAGACCGGUGAGGAAGGACACAAAUGGCUAGAAGCCUUGCCACACACGGUCUGGGCACAUAGAGUGACUUCAAGAAGAGCAACUGGAGAGACUCCUUUCGUGCUCACCUACGGGUGCGAAGCCCGGUUACCAGUGGAGGCAGAAAUUCCAACAUUCAGAGAAACCGUCUAUCAGCCCGGCCUGAAUGAGACUGAACACCUAGCUGAGCUAAAUCUGGUGGAGGAACGAAGGACCAUAGCAGCUGUCAAGAUGGCCGGUUACCAGCAGUCGGUAAAGCGGUAUCAUGACAACCGGGUUGGGCCGCGGUACUUCCAAGUACAUGACGAAGUCUUGCGCAGAAGGGAUGCUAGUAAGCCUAAUGAGAGGGGCAAGCUGGUGCGAAACUGGGAAGGGCCCUAUCGCAUAAAAGCGAUUGUCAGACCGGGCACUUACCAGUUGGAGACAAUGGAAGGCGGCCGGGUCGAGCGACAUUGGAACUCUCACCACUUACGUAAAUUUUAUAGAUAGUGUAAUGACUUCCCCAGCCAUUAAUAAAAGUUCGUUCUUUUC